AUGUGGUCUGCGGUGAGUGCGUGUCCGCGCAGCCGGCACCGUGUGUGGCGCAGGGCCAUUACGGCUGUGCGUGUGGCGCUGCUCGUUGUGUUGGCGCUGGUUGCGGCGGCGGCGUGGGUGCUCGCGGCGCAUGCGGUGGUGUUGCGACUGCGGGGCGGUACGGUGGACAGAGCCAUCACGGUGGGCCGCGCCGUGGGCACGGUGCUGAUGGACGGCGUGUACAUCACGAACGGUGUGGCUGUGGUGUUCGACGUUGCGGCGAUGCUUCCCGGCGCGCUGCGCAUCGAACUGAGGAACUGCGUGUGCGACGGCGGUGCGCAGAUCUACGUGCGGGGCUACAGCGGCGAGCCGGCGACUGACCGGAGCCUGGAGGUGAGCGUGAGCGGGCUGUCCGGGAGCCACUGCUCGCUCGUGUUUGUGCACAACCUGCCGGCACACACGAACGUGACGGUCCGCGACUCGACGAUUGUGACGCCGGGGCCGAUUCGCUACUCCCAGCUGAGCGGGCUGACGGACGUGGUGGCGUCGCCGCUUGUGCUGUACGCGACGUCGCUGUUGCAGACGCAGCUGCGUGUGAGCAACACUGUGCUGAGGUCGUCGCACGUGGGCGGGUCGGCGGUGUACGUUGGCGGCGGUGUGGACCUGCUGUCGAGCGCGGUGGUGCUUGACGGCGUUUUACUGGAGGCGUCGGGCGGUCCGACCGCGUCCGCGAUGCGUGUGGCGUCCUCGUCGUGUCUCAGUCUGCGGAGCCACUCAGUUUUCUCCCUGACGAAGGUGUCGGUAGUGAGUAGCGGCUGCGGCAUUGUGCUCGGAGAGCGCCUCGCGGUGCUUGAUUCGGUGCUGCGCUUUGUGGGUGUCGAGGGAUCUGUUGCGUCGUCGCUUUUGCGCUGCGACGGUCGGACGAUCGGUGCCGGCGGGUGGCUGGACCUGCACGACGUGUGGGCGGUGGGCGAGGCGUCGUCGGUGGCGUCGCUGUCGGAGGUGACGCUGAGCGGCGGCACCGUGUCGAUUGCGCGCUGCGCUGCCACCGGCGCGACGCUUGUCUCCGGGCCGGCGAUCACGAGCGGCGUCGUGUCGGUGCAGUGCAACCGUGCCGGCGGCCGAGUGCUGCAAAGCAGCGGCGACUACCGCAUGGCCGGCCUGCCCUCCGUGAGCGUGGUGCCGUGCGACGGCUGUGCGGCGGCGCUGGCGUGCUUUGACGCACUGACGGCGUCGUUCUCCGACUGCGUGUGCAGCUGCCGUGCCGGCGGCGUGGGCGAGGCGUGUCUGCCGUUCGACGUUCCGCCCGCGAGGACCGGCGGCGGUGGUGGCGGUGCGCAGGGCUGCGUGAGUGGCGUGACGCUGACGGAGUCCGUGACGGUUGGCGGCGGGUGGGCGACGGCGUGCUUCGACUCGGUGGUGUUCAGCGGGCCAAUCACCGUGGCGGUGGACCUGCGCUCGAUGGACUCGUCCGCUGACCCGCUGAACGUGACGCUGCGCCACUGCGUGCUUACGGGCGGCGCGCAGCUGCGGAUUGGUGGCCUCAGCGAGAUCACGGCGCGCCUGGUGCCGUACGCCCUCGUCAACAUGAAGAAUGUGACGUCGCUGGAGGGCACGAUCGUGCUGCAUGGCGCGAUGCCGUUGCACUCGAGAGUGCUGCUGGCGAACUCAACGCUGCGCGCGACGGUUGGCGGGUCGCAGUACGUGGCGACGACCCGUGGCCACGAGGGAUCCCGGUACGGCCCCGCGCUUGUCCUGGACGGCGUCCGGCUUCUGUCGACGCGGUUUGUCAUGACGCGGUCGACGCUGGGGUGUGGCGGGGAAUCGUGCGCUGCGAUCCUCGUGGAGCGCGGCCUCGGUGCGAACCUGUCCAGUGUGUUCUACAUGGACAACUGCGUUAUCAGGUCGCAGUCGCACGUGAUUUACGCUCUUGCGUCGUACCUCCGUGUCAGCGGCGGCUCCGUGUUCUCCAUACAGAACAGCUUGUGGAGUGCGCCGAGCAACGAAUACUACAAGGGCGCGUGUGUGUUUGGGGACGUUGCAGUGGAUGGCGGCAGCGUGCUGCAGAUUGUGUCCAGCACUUUCCGUCUCGGCUUCGCCAUGCUCAUUGCAAAUACGCUGACCGUGACUGGCGGCAGCUGGCUGGUGCACCGCGACAACGAGUUCCGCACCGCCUAUGUCGUGCACGUGGCCAACAAGAACGGCGUUGCGUUCCGCGAUCGGAGUGUGUGGUCGAUACUACAUAACAACUUCAACUACGGCUCGUACUCGUCGAGCAUUGCACAAAUGACGAGCAACUGGCCACCACCAUCCGACGCGCACCCGAUCAUCUACGGCGUGUGCAACGAGGCAAGGGGCUCACCUGUGAUGGAUUACGGAGAAGUGCUCAAUAUUGGAGCCCCCGUGACGGUGUUGGACUGUGGCGCGUGCGCCUUGGACGCCGUGUGCUUUGCAGCGAGGACGAGCAGCAUCAGCGGCUGUGCGUGUGUGUGCGCUGCUGGCGGCUACGGAGACACGUGUCUGCCGGCUGCGGUUCCGGACGGCCUUGGGCCGCUCCCGCUCCCGCUACCCGAUGCGAAGGACACGGAGGUCCGCUGCGUGCACGGUGGCAGCAUCAGCUCCGUGGACGAUCCUGAUCCCGGUGUGCGUGGUCUGUGCUUUGUCAACGUGACCUUCACCGCCGCGAUCGUGCUGGACCUGUGGGGUUUUGCCGCACCACAACAGACACUCAACAUCACGCUGCUGCAGUGCGUCCUUGUGGGUCUAUCGAUCAGGGGGAGUGGUGCGCGCGUGCAAGUGAACGUGACAUCCUCGAUGAUGGAUUCUGGUGCAUUGGCGUUUGAGGGUGAUUUUGGAGCGAGAUCCCAGAUACUGGUGGUGGGCAGUGCAAUUGUGGCGAUCUCGGGCCACGCUAUUCACUUUCCGAGGUUUGCUUUUGGCAAGAACUCGACGCUGCUGAUGCUUGACAACAAAUUGGAGGGGAAUAUUUUUGCAGUUUGUUUCCCCGUUGCUGUUGUUGUUGAUGGUGGCGGAAUCAUUGUGAAGGGAAAUACGCUGAGAACAAAGAAGGAGGAUUCUAGAACGACAUCGGCCGUUUAUUAUAACGGUGUUCAUUUGAGGAACGGCGGCUACUUUGUUUUCGAGAACAACACGAUGAGCGCGGUCAAUGGCAUUUUUUUUUUGUUUUUGGCCACCGUGAGCUCCACGGGGCUGCUGAGAGUGGCGGACUGUAAAUUUGCUGGCAGCACGAGGGUUUUGAAAUUCGCACUGUUGUAUUUGGACGGUUCUUUGAUGCUCGAGGACGGUGCGCAGUGGCGUGUGGAGGGCAACGAUGUGACUGCAGCCUCAGUAAUAGGUGUGCCAGAAUCCUUUUACACAAUUAAGCUGUCGGGCAGCGGCACCACCGUGGCGCUUGCAUACAACCGUCAGGUGGACUCGAGUAAAGCCUUUGCCAAUUUUUUCCCAUCGAGCAUUCUAGUGAUGUCACCCGCGCGGUUUGUGGUUGGGUGCAACCUGCAGGGCGAUGAGGAGGUGUCGUACGACGGCAUGUUUUCUGGGGAAGUGGUGCUGUUCAGGUGUGGCACGUGCAACGACGACGCGGCGUGCUACAUGCCCGGGACGGAGUUGGUGGACCGCAGCUCGUGCUCGUGCAGCUGCAAGGACGGAUGGCAUGGCGCGUCGUGCCUUCCCUUCGAGGUGCCCGACACGGUUGUGCCGCCCUUACCGGAGAGAUCCGUUGACGGUGACACAAGCUGCGUGGCGAACCAGACGCUGAAGAGCCUCACGCUGAACAUGUGGAAGACGCACCACUGCUACGCGGGUGUGAAAUUCAGCGGCGUGGAUGCAGUGCUCACGUUUUUCUUUGAAAGUAUGCCGCUGCAUCUCCCCAUCAACAUCACGCUCAGUGGGUGCACAUUCCGUGAGGGUGCCGCGCUGCAGUUUGUUGGGGGUGCUGAGGCGGCGGAGUCAGCAGGCGUCCUGAUCCGCGUGAGCCAGACGGUGAUGUGGUCCUCUGUUGUUGUGUUUGCACUCGCCCUCCCGCAGCACUGCGACAUCGCCGUCACGGAGGUUGACGCGGUGCAAUUUUCCGAGGUCCAGCUGCUUGACACUGGGAGGAGAAAGCUUAGCGUAUUGGUGCUGCUGAAGAACAUUUUGCUGAGUGCGUCUUCGCUGUUGGUGAGCAACGUCAAGGCGCAUGCCUUGAGGUACGGUGGUUUUGGUUUGUACUCGUUCGGUACGCUGACGCUGGUGCGUGGCAGCUCGCUGUACACGCGGUACUGCAGCUUCAAUGGAUACGCACAACUGUUGUACGUAAAUGCCCUCAGUGUCAGUGAUCACUCUGUUUUUGCGCUGCUCAACAAUACAAUGUCCUCCGGGAAAAGCCUUCUGUAUCUGCGCCACGGAUUCAGCGUGUCGGAUUACAGCGUGUUACGCGUGGUGGGGAACAGCGCUUCCGUGGCCUGCGCUAUCUAUGCAUACAAGACAUGGUCUCUUAAACUUUCAAGUUGGUUGGAUUGGCGCGACAACAACCUGGGAGUGGGUGCGACGUUCCACGAACCUGAAUCAACUUUGUUGAGCAUCGACGGCAGCAGCGUGGUGACGCUGACGGGCUGCAGGAUGGGCUCAACGGGUUUGUCGGUGCCUUUGCUAUCGCAGGCUGACGCCGGCUACCGGUUCGUUGCUGGGUGUCUGACGGUUGCGGGACGGUUGGUGACGACGGCGGCUGAAC